GCGCUUCCCGUCUCGGCCGUUGCCAACCACCUGAGCGAACAUGGCAACGGGAGCCGCCCGGAGGGACGCGGCAAUGACAGCGGCUGGAGGGGCCCGGGGCAGGUCUGUCGCCUGGUAAUGGAGUCGGCCGGGACCGAGCCCGAGCCCGAGCGCUGCCCCCCGGCCCAGGAGCCGCCAGUGUCCCCGGCCCUCCCCGCCGAGGAGCCAGAGCGGAGCGAGGCUGCCCCAGAGCCCCAGCAGGAGGCCGAAGGGGUCCCCCCGCCGGCCCCGGUUGCUCAGGGCAGGAGGCCCAGUGGCCCGGGAUCGAAGGGUCAGGCCAAGCGGUGCAGUGCGGGGAAGGGGGGCCGGGGCAAGCGAGGCUCGACCCGCCGUGCCGGGGAGGAGGGAGGCCGGCCCGCCCGGCGGGCCCAUGUCACCGUGGACAGCUCCAAGGCCAAGACCUCGCUGGAGGCGCUGAAGAUCAGCUUGCGGCAGCUCCGCUGGAGAGAGUUUCCAUUUGGUCGGCGCUUGCCCUGUGAUAUCUAUUGGCAUGGGGUAUCAUUUCAUGAUAAUGACAUAUUCUCAGGUCAAGUCAACAAGUUUCCAGGCAUGACGGAAAUGGUGCGUAAAAUUACCCUGAGUCGGGCAGUGCGAACAAUGCAGGAUCUAUUUCCUGAAGAAUACAACUUCUAUCCCCAUUCAUGGAUUCUGCCAGAAGAGUUUCCCCUCUUUGUUGCUGAGGUUCGCAUGAUGAAAGAGAGCGAUCCACCCUGGAAGCCCACUUUCAUUGUGAAACCUGAUGGCGGGUGUCAAGGGGAUGGAAUCUACCUCAUUAAAGACCCCAGCGACAUUAGAAUGGCAGGAAAUCUACAGAGCCGGCCAGCUGUAGUCCAGGAGUAUAUCAGCAAACCGCUGCUCAUUGACAAACUGAAAUUUGAUAUUCGUCUUUAUGUCUUACUGAAAUCCUUAGAACCAUUAGAGAUUUAUAUAGCCAAAGAUGGACUCUCUAGAUUUUGUACAGAGCCGUAUCAAGAACCCACCCUGAAAAACUUGCACCAGGUAUUUAUGCACUUAACCAAUUAUUCACUGAAUAUUCAUAGCGGGAACUUCAUCCAUUCUGACAAUGCAAACACUGGCAGCAAAAGGACUUUUUCAAGCGUUCUUUACAGACUGUCUUCCAAAGGAGUUGACAUCAAGAAACUGUGGUCAGAUAUAAUUUCAUUGGUGAUUAAGACUGUUAUUGCACUGACUCCAGAGCUGAAAGUUUAUUACCAAUCUGAUAUACCAGCUGGAAAACCUGGGCCAACUUGCUUCCAGAUUUUAGGAUUUGACAUUCUCCUAAUGAAAAAUUUGAAGCCUGUGUUACUUGAAGUAAAUGCAAACCCCAGCAUGAGAAUAGAACAUGAGCAAGAGCUUUCUCCAGGAGUGUUUGAAAAUGUCCCAAGCCCCGUUGAUGAAGAAAUAAAAGUAGCUGUCAUCAGAGAUACCCUUCGUCUAAUGGACCCGUACAAAAAGAAGAAAAAAGAUAAUCAAUCUCAACUGUCUGAGAAUGCGGCAGACACAAAAGAUGAACUAUUGGAACCAGGAUCAACAGACCAAUUGGAACAUAUCAGCAAAAAUCCUGAAGCCAGCUUACCCUCCCUUUGUCUCAAGCAAGUGUUUCCAAAGUAUGCCAAACAGUUCAACUAUCUACGACUGGUGGACAGAAUGGCUGCAUUAUUUAUCCGAUUCCUUGGAGUAAAAGGGACAAUGAAGUUGGGGCCAACAGGUUUCCGAACAUUUAUAAGGAACUGCAAGCUGAGUAACAGCAAUUUUUCAAUGGCUUCCGUGGAUAUUCUGUACAUCGAUAUCACAAGAAGGUGGAAUAGUAUGGGACUAGACCAAAGAGAAUCAGGGAUGUGCUUGCAAGCCUUUGUAGAAGCUUUCUUUUGCCUGGCUCAAAGAAGAUACAAGUCACUCCCACUUCAUGAGCAAGUGGCAUCAUUGAUUGAUUUCUGUGAGUACCAUCUAGCCAUCCUCGAUGAGAAACGCCUGGUUUGCAGCCGAGGAAUGACGGAACGCCGAGCAGAGCUGGGUACCUGUCAGCCAGAUGGACUCCACCUAACCGCAGCUACUCAUGCGCCUCUCCUGAACCGCAUGACUGCUGCCAAUAAACUUACAGAUUAUAGAAAUCAUCGGUCUUGAUGGGCGCUAUCAAGGAAAAAAGACAAUGACAGGCUGGAAACUGAUCCCUGAACACAUGCUGCAGGAGGUGAAACACAGGCUCUUGAGUUCUUCCAUCUGACAAUCACCGUUAUUUAUUACAGCUUUCCCUGAUUUAUGCUCUUCAGAAAUGACUAUUGCAAACUUCCCCUUCCACGUAAUGACUCUCAGUGGAAAUGGCUGUUAUUUAUUAUUUCCCCAGUGGACAUACAAAGUAGCUGAAAUGACAAACUGCAUCUUUUAUUCAGAGUUUAUAGAAAAUAAUUUAUGAAGACAAAGGGGCAAAAAUGCAAUGUUUACGAUAACUGGCAUCAUGGGGUUGAUAGCACUGACUGAGAGGAGCAACCUCACUGAAGGAAUUUCAGCUUCAGUAAUGCCUAGGAGAAGCCAAUUUCUACAACAUGAGCAACAUGUUUUUGAGCUGCGCUGUGUGUUCUGGACAUUGUUUUGAAACCAAGUAAGGAGAUGCGAACUGGCAUUUAUAAAUUGUGUGCUUUUUUUUAAAAACUAAAACCCAAAAUUAUGCAUUUGAUCACGUUUUAGGCUUUGUCUCUUUUAAUGAGGAUUUAACUGUGUUUUGUUUUGUGUGUAUUGAUAGAGUUUUUGUCUGUUGGGGGCUGGCAGCUACAUACUGUAUUUUUUAAAAAAAGUUAAUCCUAAAGCUCUGAAAUCAUAACCACUUUUGGGGUCCAGCUCUUUGUACACAGCCUUUGUUGCUCCAACUGCUGUUAUAUGUCAAAAGAAAAGGUUAAAAUGGCUACCAAUCCUGCCCACCUGUAUACUCCAAACCAGCUCCAUUAAGUUCACUAAAUUGAUAGGUGGGACUUCAGGAGGACUGCAUGCAUAUGGAUUGAUGAGCACCAAUCCUGCAAAGAGAACUGCAAAGGCUCACCCCAGCAAUGUUCUCUUUUCAGGGUCAGGGUCUAGGAGCCAGAUCUAAAGCCCAGGGAAGUCAGUGGGGCUUAAGUGGCUCUGGAUCAGGCCUAAGUGAGUCAGUUGUCAGGAUCAGAUGCUGGUUAUGAUCUUCAUGGCCUUGAAUGGUUGAGGACCCCACCACUGAGAUUUCCAAUUUCCCAUGGUCCCAACACAAUAAAAAAAAAAAAUUUGGAUUGCUCCAAGCAUUUCAUCUUCUGGGACAAGUGUGAGGGCAUUCUUGGCUGAAGGCCUCUGAGAACCUGAGUUUGAAUUCAGGGCACAGCACUCUUCACUCCCACUGGGUUGGGAGUUGAGGGCACUUAGCAUCAUGUUGAGUUAGGCCCAUAGGGCCUCAAAGCAAAGCCUGUUGAAGUCAAUGGAAGGCUCCUAUUAGUUUGGAUUAGGCCCUUAGUUAGGCCUUGAUCUUAGUAUUAUGGCAAACCUCUGAAUUCAUUAAGAUCUGGGUCAGGUCCUCAGUGGAUGUAGAUCGGUGUAGCUCCAUCUGACUGAGAGGCUUUCAGGGCAUCUGGGCACCGUUACAGCAAUAACAAAGAGCAGUGCUCUGGGGCCAGACUGCAAAUUAAAAUGAAGAUAAUUCUAUUGUUUGGUCCUUUGGAGAGGAAAAUAACUAGAAUUGUUCAUUACAGUAUAGUGCUUUAUGUACUGCAUGAGCACUAGCUCUCUGGGCCACUGCCUAUUACCCUGUAACUAUGCUCUGCAGAUAGGAGCAAUUCCAUACUUAGUUUUUUAUUUUAAUAAUUAUUUGAACAGCUAUUGUACAUAUUUUCUCUGUACUUGUAGCAUGUUCUGGCCAGCAUUCAAUGCCGUAAUUAAUAUUCUGUCACAGUACAGCACCGAACUGUGCAAAGCUAGUUUUUCAAGUGUGUGUUCCUGUAACUAAUGGAUUUAACAGUAAAAAGCUAGACUAAUUGAAUAUUGGAUUUUUUUGCUAUCAUUUUUGGACCAGGAAUGGUCCUAGAGCUGUACCUUUUCAUAUGUCCUCAAAUUUCUCCUUAAAAAUAUAUAUAUUAGAACAAAGCUGUACAAGAGAAUACAGUAAUUCCUGCUGGAUUAUGUUACUAGAUUUCUUUUUAAACUCAAUUACAUAGUUUACUCCUAUUUCAUAGGAGACAAGUUGUGGGACCCACUAGUUUGCACUCCCAUUGACCUUACUGGGGGGUUAGCCUCAGCGAGACUUUGAUACUUAGAACUUCGGUACAGUUGACAAGGAAGCUUCCAUUGUAUAAUUGUUGCUAGUGGUAAUGCACUUACCCAAAUGUCUGCAAGAAAAAAUCCUCUCUUUUAUUCUUUAGAAUUCAAGAACCAGGGCUAAUUUGAAAGCUGUCCAUGCUGUGACCUAGCUAGCAUAAUUACAGGACAUGAAGAGGAGGAAGUAUGGCCUAGUGUUUAAAGCAUUUUGGGACUUGAGUGGCAUGGGUUCAAUUCCGUACUCUGCCACUGUCUCUCUCAGAGACUCUGGGCAAGUCACUUUGGCCGUGUCUUAGCUUCCCAUCCGUAAUACAGGAAUAAUAGCACUGUCCUAACUCACAGGGAUGAUGUGAGGAUAAAUACAGUAAAGAUGGUGAGGUGCUCAGAUACUGUGGUGACGGGUGUUGUACAAGGAUCUAAGAUAGGACAGGAUGGGCUACGCAAGCAGGUCUGUGAUAAAAUCACAUAUUUUUCAGUAAAUUUCAGCAAAAUGUUAGUAAUUAUCUACUGGAUUUUAUUACAAAAAUUGUUGCUAUUUGCAAAAAAGAUU